CUUCAACCAAAAUGGCUUCCGAGGUGGUGAAUCUGAAUGUGAGAAUCACUGGCAAGAGUCAUGUGAAACCCCAAGAGGAAAUUGGGAGGAAAGAGUGUCAAUUGGUCACUUUUGAUCUUCCCUAUCUAGCUUUCUACUAUAACCAGAAGCUACUUUUUUACAAAGGGGAUGGUGAUUUUGAGGGUAUGGUUAAGAAACUGAAAGAUGGGCUUUGUGUAGUUCUGAAGGAGUUCCAUCAACUAGCUGGUAAGUUAGGGAAAGAUGAAGAGGGUGUGUUUAGAGUGGAAUAUGAUGAUGACAUGCUUGGUGUUGAGGUCACUGAAGCAGUUGCUGAUGAGAUUGGUGUAGCAGAUCUAACUGUGGCUGAAAGUACCAGCAUUUUGAAGGAGCUUAUACCUUACAAUGAUAUCUUGAAUUUGGAAGGCAUGCACAGACCCUUGCUGGCAAUUCAGUUAACUAAGCUCAAAGACGGGCUUGCAAUGGGCCUUGCGUUCAACCAUGCUGUGCUUGAUGGUACUUCCACGUGGCAUUUCAUGAGCUCAUGGGCUGAGAUCUGUAGCGGUUCACCAACUACGUCAGCCAUACCCUUCCUUGACCGCACCAAGGCCCGGAAUACACGAGUUAAGCUUGAUCUGUCUCCACCCGAGCCCAAAGGCCAACCUGCUACCUCCAACGGUGAGGUAAAGCCGGAGUCUGGGCCCAAGCCCGUACUCAGGGAAAAGAUCUUCAAGUUCUCUGAGUCAGCCAUCGACAAGAUCAAGUCAACGGUCAACGAAAACCCUUCAUCUGACGGUUCAAAACCAUUCUCAACAUUUCAAGCUCUUUCCACUCAUGUUUGGCGCCAUGUAACCCAUGCACGUGAACUAAAACCUGAGGACUACACUGUGUUCACCGUUUUUGCUGAUUGUCGGAAAAGGGUCGAUCCGCCGAUGCCGGAGACUUACUUCGGAAACCUAAUCCAGGCUGUGUUCACCGUUACAGCAGCCGGGCUUUUGUCGGCCCAUCCGCCGCAAUUCGGGGCUUCCUUGAUCCAGAAGGCCAUUGAAGCCCACAAUGCUAAAGCCAUUGAUGAACGUAACAAAGAGUGGGAGAGUGCACCUAAGAUUUUCCAAUUCAAAGAUGCAGGGGUGAAUUGUGUGGCAGUGGGAAGUUCACCAAGGUUUAAGGUUUAUGACAUUGAUUUUGGAUGGGGGAAGCCAGAGAUAGUGAGGAGUGGAACUAAUAACAAGUUUGAUGGUAUGAUUUAUUUGUAUCCAGGGACGAGUGGAGGAAGGAGCAUUGAUGUGGAGUUAACCUUGGAGCCUGAAGCUAUGGGGAGGUUGGAACAAGAUAAGGAGUUUCUUAUGGAGGUAUGAAAUUGCUAGAGUGUGUGAAAUAAUAAAAUGGGGGCAGAAAGAAAAAAAAAUGUUGCAUUGAUGGAAUUUAAUUUGGAAGUACUACUAUGCUUCUUGAAGGGAUAGACAUUUUAUUCUUCGAUUAUGAAUUCUGAUGUUAUUCCUGAGUGCUAUUUAAUCUAAGGUUAUGGUGUUUAAUUAGAUAAAAUCUUAUAUUUUGUGGUUUUAUUGUUGAUAAAAUUGAACCUAAAUGUUGUUCAAUUAUAUGUAAUGUGAAAGAUUGCAUAUAUAAUUC